UUAAGGAUCUUUUUGGACAUGUUUCCAACAUCAUCUUCCUUCUUCUCCAAUUACUUACUAGUGUUCUAUUAACAUAUAUCUGGUGUUAGGUCUGCGAUUCAUUGAAUUGAAAUUGAAAUUGAUUAUCAUCGUCAUUAUUAUAAUGGCGAGCGAUGGCGAACAAGCUACGAAGCGUGUUAAAUACAAAACUUCAGUCAAAGACCCCGGCACUCAUGGUCAUCUACUACUGAAUCUGGAGAAAUUAGCAUUCAAACCUACUAACCCUAACUCCGCUUCUAGGUUUGAUAUGGACUUUAAAUAUGUUAAAGGUUUCAAAUACACCAAGGAGGGAUCGAAUAAAGCGCCGAUGCUUAAUCUUACUUCCGAUCAGGGAGUAAAUUACAUAUUUGAGUUUCAGAAUUAUAAUGAUCUUCACAUUUGCAGAGAGCUUGUAGGAAAAGCCAAGGGUGAUGGUCCUAAAGUUGGAGAUGCUCCUAAACCUGCAGAUACUCCAGAAGUUCCAUCCAAUCAACUUAGUGGAGAGGAACUGCGUCUUCGAAUGAACCUGCUUAGCAAAAAUGUUGAGUUGCAGAAACUUCAUAUGCAGUUUGUGAAAGAUGGAGUGUUGACAGAGUCUGAAUUCUGGGCUACAAGAAAGAAAUUGCUCAAUGGGGAGUUGAGUAGAAAGUCAAAGCAACAAGUGGGUAUUAAAAGUGCUAUGCUCUCAGACUCCAAGCCAAUUAUUGAUGGACGGACAAACAAGGUUACGUUUAAUCUGACACCAGAGAUUGUUCGUGAGAUAUUUGCAGAGAAGCCAGCAGUUCACCAAGCAUACUUAAAUCUAGUUCCUAAAAAGAUGUCAGAAAGGGAUUUUUGGACCAAAUUUUGUAGAGCUGAAUACCUCCAAAAUUCGAAAAAUGUUUAUGCGGCAGCAGCAGAAGCUGCAGAAGAUGAAGAACUUGCUCUUUUUCUGAAACCUGAUGAUAUUUUGGUCAAUGAAACUAAGCGGAAGAUCAGAUUUGUGGAUCCAACUCUAGACAUGGAAGCUGACCAAGGAGACGACUAUAUGCAUUUGCCAGAUCAUGGGAUUGUUCGUGAUGGCAGCAAGGAGAUAAUUGAAUCGGAACAUGAGCCUUACAGAAGGACCUUGUUACAAGUUCUUAAUCGUCAUGCUGCUGUUGUUCUUGAAGGAACUGCUAUAGAUGAUGAACAGUUACAAGACACAAAAACUGUAGCAGAGGCACUUGCAAAACAGGGGCGAAAAACAAUAAACCAAGAUGCUGAUGGGAAUGCAGACCAGGAGAGAUCCAAUAGAAUUUCCAAUAUGAUGGAAAUUGAGGAUCUUCGAGGGUCGAAUGAUCUUCCUUUAGCACCACUUUGCAUUAAGGAUCCACGGGAUUAUUUUGAUUCUCAACAAGCUAGUGCACUUAAAAUUUCAAGAGAUAUGCCAGGUGGGACGGAAACUGCAAAAUGUAGAUUGAGCACCCAAGAAGCUUAUGGUUCUUUGAGGAACUCCAUUUCUCAGAUUAAGACUAUGGGAUUGAAUGAUCCUAUAGUUAAACCUGAAAUUGCUACAAUGGUUCUCACGGUAUUGACAAGUAAUAUCUCAAGCACUAAAUAUCAUCGUGGAAAGAACCCUAGGGAGAGUGUUUUGGACAGGUUUCCAGAUGCUGUAAAGGAGGAACUGCUGCAUCACUGGAUGUCUAUUGAGGAGUUGUUGAGACAUUAUUGGUCAUCAUAUCCGAUCACAACUCCAUAUCUUUACGCCAAGGUGGGGAGACUGAAGGAUGUGAUGUUGAAGGUUGAUUCACAGCUUCAGGAGAUGAAGGGAUCUGUGCAAUCAGAUCUUCGGAAUCAUCUAACACUCCUUAUUCGUCCAAUGCAACAGGCUCUUGAGGCAGCCAUGCAACAUCACGACGCAGACUUGCAGAAGAGAUCAGCAAAGAGUGGAGAGCGAUUGAACGGAUACGCCUAGAUGAAAUUCUCUAUUGUCGAUUUGCAGGUGGCAUUAAGAGACGAUACUGUUGGUUUUGACCAUCUCUAGUGUUCAACUAGAACACAGAAUCAACAUUUCUAGAGAGAAUGUUCCUUUGUCAAUUUUGCAGGCAUUAUGUGGCGACAUUAUUGGUUGUCUACCCAUUUUCGGACACAGCUAGAUUCAAAGUGUACAUCAGCUCAAUUUUGUUCCGAGCUUAUUUGCUAGUAUUUAAGGAUUUUCAGGGUACCUUUUGUAAAAAGUAUAAACUAGCCUAUACUGUACGACACUCACCAGCAGGCAGCAGCGGCAGGUACAUAAUGUUCAACAAAAAUUAGCAUAAAGCAAUCCUAAGAUUCUUUCCCAAAAUUGUGAUCUUUUUAUGAACUGAUUGUGAAUCUCUGCGUAGUACUAUGAAAUUGGAUGAUCUUUUCGAUUUUGUA